CACUGCAAAUGUAAGUGCAGUUGCAGACAAGUGAAACGGGAUAUUUUAAAAGGCAUUAGUAGGCUAGCAUUAGCAAAACCGUCACAUUGGUAGAAAAAAAAGGAUUGCUUUCUAUCCAUGACCCUUCUUAGGUUUCCAUCUCAAAUUGUGAAUGUGUAAGGAAAUCACAGACAGCUUAUCAAGUGAGACAGUAUAUCUUCUGAGCCACCAGAGAAAUCGUCACACAUUGAAGAAAGAAUCUAUUCUUCGUUUGAUGUAGGCCUAUACAGAUAAAGACACUUGUUGCAGGCACUCGUCACGUGUGACGGUAUUUUUGAAGAAUAGAAGAGCUUCUUAAUGGAAAACUACCGCGUCGCUUAAGUUGAUGUAACCAGAACUAAGAGGUGCAAUAUAAAGUGCUCCUACGUCAUCGUCAAUUCAACAUCCGGCGAAUUCUCCAAUAACAGGUCCCUCCAACAAACAAGCCGCAAUUACGCGCUCUCUCCAUCCAUCUCGACCUGCAUCCAGCUAGCGCUCACACACAGAGAGAGACACACUCGCACAACGCCACACACGCGCGCACACACACUCAGUCCAGUAAUGCUUCGAACCGUACUGGAGACGACCGCAUAAAGAAGGGUCAUCCAACGUCUGCUUCGAUAGGGAGUUGAUUAGACUGAAUUUGCCCUCCGUUUGUUUUACGCCAGUUGAGUAUUGAACGAAUCAAUAGUGGAGUUAGAGACAGCGGAUGCAUUCACCACUCGCUUGCAUCGUGAUCACCUUCUACGGAAGCCAGUGUCCCACCCUUGAAAUACGGCCGGGUUGGGAUUUCGCUGACUCUGAGAAACUGACAAAUUCAUCCAUUUGAAAAGGUGGAAAAUGCAUGACUGAUUGUUCUCCCUUGGGGGGAAAAUAGUGAGAUACAUUUGUGAAAUAUUAGAAGGGACGUGUAGCAAGUGAUAGUGGAUCUUGAAUUCUUACUGAAAGGAUGUUAUCAUGAUGGAUAGGUGAACAGCUCGCACUGGGCAUUUUAGGUCGUACUUGUUGAGUGAAUAUCCGGCUUGAAUAUCCGGGAGUGAUCCUUCGACAUCGAGGAACUACCCCCGAGAGGAAAUAUUUGGCCUAAAAGGAGAUACUGAUGAAACCUGUGCUGAACGUUAUUUAUUACUGCCAUUGCCUCAAAGGCAAUAUAGGUUCAUGAUUACAAAGAGAAAAUAAAAUCAUCUGGGAAAACAUUUUCAUGUGGCAAACGCGAUUCUUCACGUGUUAAGUAAAACAAACGACAAUGGUUCCUUCAAGACAUUUCUAUUAUUUCUGCUUGUAUCACGACCGGUGCUAGAUACGGAGUAAUUAUAACAGAGAAACGGACACAAACCAAUCUGGAAGUUUCAUUCAAACCCAUCAAGCAACAGGAGGACACAGUGCAAUAUAUAAGGUGGUUGAUGAAAGGAAGAUCAGGAAGGCUUUGCCUAACGGGAUUUUGACCUGUGCUUUCUGAAUGUAACAAUGUCUCCAGGUCGUGACGGCACCCCAAGUGUUACAUCGCUGAAGGACCAGAGAUUGAGUGUCUACUGUUCGCCAAGAUUCUGCAGGAGAAGUCGGUAUCUUGAGAAGGCCUGCGUGAACUCGAUGCUGGAGAAGAAGGACGAUUUCGGGUGGCAACGAGCUUUUAAUCCGCGUUUCUCUAGCAAGGGGCCGUCCUCGUCGACUCGCAAGGACGGGAAGCGAGCCAUCUCUGCAAACGGGGCCAGUCCGCCGUUCCAGUGUCAGCGCCGGAAGUUCACCUCACAGUCCACACUAUCACAUCUGUCGUCUUCAGACACCGAUUCGCUUGGGUGUGCUAACUUAAUGGCGAAUCUGGAUCUUAGCUCACCGAAAAUCACCACCAAUGACGCCGGCGCGGAAGAGGAUGACCCAUCGGCACCAGGCACUCCGACGCUUCUUCCAAAGCGACAAAAGCAGCGUCCCGCGUCUCUCGCUCUGCUCGACAACCACGCUUCGCAGAGUCUGGAUUCGAAUGCAAAUGGUGAGCAUCUUGGUUCGGCUUGUUGCAGUCUACACGUGCGGAAGGACCGCGCCGCUGACCGUAGCCCUGCCGGAUCAGCUCGGGCAAUUCCAACCUCUUCAAAGGGUCUGAACCCACCUUCCUAUAACCCACUGAGCAAGUCGUGUUCUGAUUUGCGAGGGGGAACUAUCGACGAAUGCUGCAUGAUUCAUCGUAACUUUAGCUGCAGGUGCCCCAGUCACCUCUCGCUUCAGUCUGCGCGCGUAUCUACGCCUUCAGACUCGCAUACUGGCUCUAGAAUAAGCCUUUUAUCGGAAGGAGUUGACUCCUACGAGGGACUAUAUGAAAAGGCCUACAGAGCCACGUACGUGAUGGACAGGGACCGGCUGGUGAAUGAGUCUAAGGUUUCUCCAGAUAGACUGGUACGGGAAUGGUUAGCAAGACAAGAAGAAGUUACCCAGAAUACACCAGAACAACAGGAAGUAAAACAAUGAUUCACUUGAUAUAUUGUGUUGCAUUAAUGUCAUUGGAAACAACGAAAUGUAAUAAUGAUUAAUCUUAAUUGUACAAGAUUCCAUAUGCUAGAAUACAUUUCCCAUUAAAUAAGGGUGACAGAGUGAUCACAAAAUAUUAGGUAGAGAUAACUGAGACUAAAAUAUCAUGAUUUGCUGAAAUUUUCAUUUACAAUAUGCCUACCGAAUCUUCCUUUGAUUAAAAGAAAAAGAAAGGUUAACUCAAAAUUGGGAACGUGUUAAAAUGUUUGACCAACAUUUUUCCAAUUUGUCUAAUGCCAAUUCGUCUAAUUACCAACUCGUCUACUAUCAUUUGGACUAUCAUCAAUUCGUCCACUG